GGGGCUAUCUGUCUUGUCCCUCCGUGAAUACCGUAGUGAAUGCAUGGCCCGCGGGGAUCAUGUUGAAGGUGACAGGUAGUGCCAUGCCGGGAGCCCUGCGAUUUUCACCGUUCACCGUGUUUGCUGCUGCCGGUGACGGCGAGAAGGAACCAGCGGUGGCUCCGUUAAACGUGGACGAACUGUCUCUGUACACCGCUCCCCCGGAGAAGUUUCAGUACGUGGAGCCUAAAGCCGGGCAGCUGGAGGAGCGAGUCGCCACCCUCAGGAAGUUAUCGGAGCCGUACACUGCUUGGUGUCAGGUCACCUAUGAGAAAAUUAAACCCAAAGUUCAGGGGGUCUUCCAGUUUGGGAACGACGCAUACGCCUAUGUGAAGAACCCCCCGAAGGACUUCUACCCCCGGGCGGGAAUCAUCGGCUUUACCGGAGUCCUCGGGCUGGUUCUUGCCAGAGGCUCCAGGAUUAAGAAACUCAUCUACCCGACCACUCUCAUGACCCUGAGCGCCUCUCUCUACUACCCGGAGCAAGCAGCGUCCAUCGCAAAGUCAACCGGAGACUCCGUGUACGACUUGGCCGUGCAGAGCUACGCAGCGGCGGAGAAGAUCUUAAACCCCCAGAGCAAAGCUGAGAAGGUCAAUAAACCCGAAAAGAGCAGCGACUCCGAGACCAAACAGUGACGACCCCGGCGUGACUGCAAUAACCGAGCAGUAGCCAAUCACACAGCAGCUUUAUCCCGAUACUGUAAACUGAGCGCUUUCUAGACAGUGUGACUUUUUCAUGCCUACACUUUGCACUAAGCUUCACAUGAAACUCAGGCCGGGCAAAGGGAAGGGGGGAUUUGCAACUUGAAUGACUCCCUUCCGAUUUGAAUGUGUAUUUAUGUAGAGAUAAAGCAGUGUCUUACAUUAAAGUUGCUUUACCGCCUUGAUUCUGUGUCUUAUAAUGCCACAUGCACAAACAAGAUGGUCAGCACCAAAGAGAAGAAAACUAAUUCAGGAUUUUAAUAAUCAGUCGUUUAUUUUAACAAUUUUGUUCAAUGGGGUGACAAAGACCAAAGUAGGCAAGUCACAUUUGAUCUGAAAUUGUGUAUUAGUUUCAAGUUUUGUCAUAUACAAGUAACAAUUAUUAUGCUCAGAUUUUAAACAUAUUGUAUAAAAUAGGUUUUGCUAAAAAGUCAUAAUCCUACAUAAACUCAACAUUUGUAGUAUUAACUACUCAUUAGACCCAUUUGCAUUAUACUGCUCAGUAAUGCUAGAUAUAUCUCAGCUUUAUAUUUUAAUGCUUUUAAAGUAAAAACUUCAAAGUCAUUCUAAAGCUUUAAAGUAAAUGGUAUGGAGUAGAAAUGGCUAAAAAUACUGUUGAAGUAGAAAACAGCAUGACCCAGAAGUACUUAGAAGCACUACUUAAAACAACAUACACACCCACCAUGACAUCACCUACUAAUUAGUAAAAUCUCAGCUUUGAGUUGAGCAAUUUUGCUAUUGCCAGCUUAGCAUUCUGAAACUGGAUAUGCCAAAACAACCAGUGGUUCAGUCUGAAAUUAAGCCCAUGCUCAUUGGGUAGCAACUUGUAAAUAAAAUGUCAUUAGCCAAUGAGCAUUUCCUGGAAAAUCAUAAUUUCUGACUUAGUAAAUUUAAUGUUUUAUGAAAUAUAACUUGUGACUGAGCUCACAAAUAAUCAGGAAAACGUUGAUGUUAAAAAGGACUGGAAGGCCGUUAACCUUAUAAUUCUAUGUAAACCAAAGUCCUUUUACAGGCAGAAGUUCCCACUGCCUGCUGACCUUCAGAAAGAAUGAAAGCUUGAGGGGCCUCACACCCUUAAACUAUGCUCAUCUUUUACACCACAAAUGAACUCUAGUCAAAAUAUAUUGGUGGAGGGCCAAUCAAAUGUCAUGGGUCGAACAGCCACCCCAUGUCCCCCCUCUACAUACGCCCAUGAUAAGAUAUAAGGUCAGUUGCCUCCUUAAAAAUACAUUAUUACAGAUCAAGAAUCAUGAAGCCUGUAGUGCAGCAGGUUGACAGCAGUAAAUGUGAGGUGUCUAAUAAGCAGAAAGGAAACGUGUUAGCAGUAUGAUCCUUCCUUUAAUGUUCAUUAGCUACUCGUGACAAACCAAACAGCCUUAAAUUUAAUUACCAUCUUACCACAGGGAAUGAACACUGUGUGACUGUUUAACAUCUUUAUUUUCAUAUCAGCCAAAAA